AGAGAGUCAACCAUACGAAGCGUUUUGUCCUAAUACUCCACAGAAACCCGCGUUUAGAAACCUCAACGAUCGGGAAAUGGCGGGAAACCUCCAUUGCCUAGAAAAAUAGCGGGAAAAUCCCACCUACAUACACUCCCCUCUCCUCCACGCCGCUCUUCCACCAGUCCACUCAACCAAACACACAGGAUACCGUUUGACGAAGAGAGAGAAAGAUCAAGAUGGUAGGACUACCGUACGACUGCCUCGCAAACCCUCUCGGAGCCGUCCGAUUAACCUUCGACAAAGCCGUCUCCUCCGGCCUCAAUCCCUCCACCUCAAACGGCGGCGAUUGGGGCUCCGCUGAUCUCUUCCGCCAAUUCCUUUUCGAUGACGGAGGCCAUUCUCAGGUUCCGAUUCUUAAUGCUGAGAGUGUUAAGCAUUUACCGCCGAAUUCUUUGGUUCGAUUUCGAGGAAUGAUCCAAGAUAUGCUAGGAAAUGAAGUUUAUGUUGGUGCUUACAAGGAUGGUUCUACUUGGAGGACUAAUAAAUUCUCAGAUGUUUCUCAAAUUGAAAUGGAUAUGUCCCCUGAUAUGAAGUUAUGGGAGCGUCGCUUGCUCUAUUGUGUUCCUGUCCCGGGGCUGAAUUCAUGGGCAGAACCUCUGGAAGCUCUGUCAAAUCAGCAAAAGACUUUCCCUUCUGAACAAAGGGAGAAGCGUCCUAGGGAUGAUGAUGAAGCUGUUGAUCAUAUGGAGUUGGGGUCAAGUCAGGGCUGUCAGGAUUCUCCGAUUACCAAAAAGAUGAGAGAUGAGGCGCAUCCUUCCUCGUCUGCAAUGCAACAAGACAUGGUAAAUGAAGGAACCACUCCUUUCUUUGGAUCACCUGAGUCAGAGAGAAAUUCUUUUCCUUGUCUGGUUAAGAUCUAUGACACCCCUGAAUCUGAUUUAAAAAUGAAUGAGAUUUUUGAGUUUAUCGGAGUCCUGAGUUUUGAUCCAGAACUAGCACUAAGCAAGGAUGAGUCUGAUAUGCAGUCAAACGACCUUUUUGAAGAUGACUUGGUUCAGUUACCCCCUAGCAAGGUACCACGUAUCCACUGUCUUGUACACAAGAAGCUUGUGGUCCACGAUUUCGUUGAUGGUUCAGCCAUGGCAGAAUCAAAUCCCUCACUGAUCAGAGGAACAAGGGAAAGCUUGCUUAGUCAUCUCACUGCUGUCCUUGGAAAUGACGGGAUGGCAGCUCAAUUUCUGUUGUUACACCUCUUAUCUCAGGUCCAUGCCAGAGUUGAUGGUGUCCCUGUUGGGAAGCUUGCGCUUAAUUUCACUAACUUUAGCAAGGAAACAACAUCGGUCUUUGGCAGUCAGCUUAGUUCCACAAUGAAGGAACUUAUUCCUUUUACACAGAAAAUAUCUCUCACAAUCGAGUACCUUAACAAUGCCGCACUUGCCCCCAAAAAGGAUUAUCAAGCAAAUAAAUUGGUGUCUGGAGUUCUUCAGCUGGCAGAAGGGUCACACUUAAUCAUCGACGAGACUGAGUUGCAGGCUGGGACCCUGAACCCGAUGGGAGUUGAAAAUGCAAGAUCAUUGAAGAACUUGACAGAAUCACAGCAGGUUGAAUAUGAUUUCCAGUACUACAAAAUGGAGAUGACGGCAGAUGUGCAACUGCUUGUUCUAUCUGAGGGGAAAUCCAACAUUCUGCCAGCCGAUGUAGUACUCCCUUUUCAGCCUUCAUCAACAAGUCCCCCAGAAAUUGUAGAGGAAGCUAUAGUACAGUCUUGGAGAUGGUACUUAGCCAACCUACGAUCACUAUCACAUUCAAUUACUCCUGAAAUGCAAAAGGUGGUCGAAGAAGAUCUAGUGGCAGCUAGGCAAGCAGACCGGAGCUUAGGGAGCCAAGAUUUUAGCAGAUUGCUGACAAUGAGUAGACUUAUGUCAUUGAGCUUUGGCGAGACAAGUCUGUCCAUGGAACACUGGCAAAUGGUGAAGGAAUUAGAAAGACUUAGAAAAGAGAGACUGAGAUGAAGCCAUUUGAAACAUGUAACAAAAAUGUCGAUCUAUAUUGCUGGGACCCACGCCACGGAUGAAGUCCAGUGUCCAUGCUCAUGGAGUCAUGGCCACUCCAUAACAAGUCCUAGUAACAUAGUCUAUGGUUAUUCAAGUGGCAUCAUGUAGAGCUGGUUUCACUGUGAUCUGCUGAAAUGUGGACAUAAACAUAUAUAGUUGUCAUGUUACUAAUGUAUUCAUUCAAAUCAAUCUACCAUCUUUGUUAUCAUUUUCUACGCACAUAGCUUUCAACGCAAUAAAUGUGAAUGCUUUCUAGA